AUGGCUCGCCUUCAUCUGCCCAACGAGAUCAUCUUGAUGAUCGCGCAGUAUCUUACGCCUCGUGGUGUUGCGAAUCUGAUGCUUGGUAAUCGGGAAUUGUAUAAUCUUCUCCGGGGUGGUGUAAUCUUUGAUCGGACGCCGGGUUCUUCGAGGAACGAGGCUAUCCUAUGGGCGAGUCAACAUGACCGCAAAGAUGUUGUUCUUGCGAUGCUGCACCGACAAGGUGAAUUCGGAUAUCGGGACUGGCAAGGAUUCGAAAUUGUCAGUGAGACCCCGAGUUCCGAGUUGCACUUACCGUUGAGAUUUGCGGCUUGGUAUGGACAUGUGGAGAUUAUAAAAAUCUUGCUCGAUUGGGAUAUCAACACUAUCCGGGAUGAUCUGCGUGCCCUGCCCGCCGCAGUAAGUGGUCAGCAUUUGGAGGCUGUCAAGGUUCUCCUCGAAUAUUCGGCAAAGGUGCCGGAGGAUAGUCCCGAAACAUCUGCCUCUGAACAGGAGUACACCAUAGAUGAGAAUCCUCCGGUCCCAGAGCCUCUUUCCCCCCCGCGCCACCGCCACCAAAGGUUCCUGAACCAGGCGUUCGUUGACGCUAUCAGACAUGGGCAUGAUGAGAUCAUAGAGGUCCUAGUGGCCGAUGGUCGGGCACAGAUCAGCCUAGCAGAGGCUGCACGUAUUGGGAAUGAACGGUUCAUGAAGCUCAGCUGUGCUAGCGAAACCCCUAAUGCUCUAGGUGAGGGUAGAUUGUCACCGUUGGGGGUGGCUGCAAAGGUAGGGCACGAAGGUGCGUUGCAGAUUCUCUUUGAGGCGGGCUGGGAUGUGAAUCUUCGUGAUGGAGAUGGCAGAACACCACUUUUCGUCGCGGCUACUUCUGGCCAGGAGGCGAUUGUGAGGAUGUUGCUUGGUAGGAAAGAUGUCAAUGCCGAUCUCGCAGACAACCAAGGGCACACACCACUUCUUGAAGCCUCACGCAAGGGGAAUGUGGCCAUCAUCGAGCAGCUUUUGGCAGCUGAGAACGUGAAUGUGAACCCAAGGACUUCAUCCGGCCAAUCGGCAUUGUCAUUUGUGGCUGGCCAGGGCAUCGAAAACGCAGUGCGUUUGUUUCUUUCUGCGGGCGCCCAUCCUGAUACCCGCGACCAUGUUGGACGCAGCCCAUUAUCUCUCGCCGCCGGGGCUGGAUUCCCGGCCGUUGUAGAGCUGUUGCUUGCAGUGGAUGGCGUGGAUCCAGAUUUGAAAUGUAAACAAAGCCUGACGCCGCUUGCAUACGCGGUCCUUUCGGGUCGCUUCCCAGGAAGAGUCAACGGCGAAAAGAUCAACACUAUGGCCGACCGAGAUGAGCAGCAGAUGUUGGAUGUUCUUCGGGGAUCGAUGGAGGAUCGCAUGGGUUGUUUGAGAGUUGGAGAGGAAGCUCUGGGGAAUGGUGCUGCGCUGUCGAUCAUGAAGCUGCUGCUCGAGGAUAAUCGGGUUGAUCCUAAUUCGCGAGAUGCCAAAGGCAGGUCAGUAUUGUGUUUAGCAAUAUUGAGGGGAGAGCUUGGAGCAGUGCGACUUCUCGUGUCUUCAAUGAAGAUCGAUUUGAAGAGCAACAUUUACCGGAAUCUGACUGCGGUUGACUUGGUCAAAGAGAAGUAUAGGAGGAAGCGCUUCAGUGAGUGGCGGUUAAACUGUGACAAGAGCACAUGA